AUGAAUAAUUUAUAAAUGCCAUUUAAGGUUAAUUUAAAAAAAUUUCAUUUAAUAAUGCAUAGAGAAUAUUAUAUUCUCAUGAACAUACUAUGCAAGAUGUCAAAAAUUUUAUUCACACUUUAGAUUUAUGAAUAAAGAUAUGGUAAAUUAGCUAGAAUUGUUGAUUUUUUAAUCAAUAUUGCUUCUUAUACAAAAGCAGGUUAACUUGUUAAAUUAGCAACAUAACAUAAAGUAUACAUUGUGGUACUAAUGUAACUUGGGCUUUAUAAUGCUCUAAAGAUGAAUAGAGAAUGAUUGUAUCUAUUGAUAUGCCAAGAAUAGAUCAUUUUAGAUAGGUAGAUAGAAAGAAUAUGGCUGCUUUGGUUGAGACAGGGAUUACAGGUAAGGAUUUGGAAAAAGAAUUAUCUAGUUAUGGAAUUAUAUGUGGUCAUGAACCUUGUUCUGUUUAUUUUUCUAUACUUGGAGGUUGGAUAAGCACAAGAGCAUCUGAUAUGAAAAAGAAUUGA